CAAGGGCCCAGAGACUACACAAACCGUGGGAGGCCCGGGUCCCACCAGCAGGGACUGGGGAGGCCUGUCGACCUGGGCAGUGGGGUUACAGGCGACCUUGCCUGGGGUGUCCACCUGGAGGCAUCUGGAGGUCACUGCAGGCGGGAGGAGGGGCCCACGUCCCCGUCCCCGUCCCCGGGCCUGCUGGGGCUGGGCGCCAAGGAAAGGGCCGCUGGCCUGCCACUGGGGACUCUGUUGGGCCCUGGGCAGCUGUCCUCUGCCCUCUGGGCCUCAGAGUGCAGAGCGCUGGACACCUGGACCUGGAGCUCAGGGUGUCACAGGGCAUUCUGUGUCCCUGUGUCUGGGACGCCCACCUGGCGCAGGGACGAAGGGCGGAGGCCUCGCCCAGGACCCAAGCUCUGCGCUCGGCGCUCGCUCGGCGCGGCGCUCGCUCGGCGGAGGGUCUCCAUCUCUGCCACAGCCCGCAUCGCGGCGGCAGCCUCUGGAGCGGCCGCUCCGUCCCACGGCUCCGACCGAGGCCCGCGCAAGGUUCGGCCCCACGAAGAUGAACUGGACGGCCGCAAUAUGCUGGGCCCUGCUGCUCGCCGCCGCCUUCCUCUGCGACAGCGGCGAGGCCAAGGGUGGUCGUGGAGGGUCUCGGGGCAGCGCCAGGGGAGGUCGUGGGGGCGCGCGCGGGGCCUCCAGGGUGCGCUCGAGGCCGGCGUCCCGCUACACCGGCUCCUCCCUGCGCGUGGCGGCUGCGGGGGCGGCGGCCGGGGCCGUGGCAGGGGCCGCUGCGGGCCUGGCGACAGGCUCGGGCUGGAGGAGGGCCCGGGGGCCCUGGGAGCGCGGCCUGGAGGGCGAGGACGCGGCGCCGGGCCGCAACGGGACUGGCCCUGGCGUCUACAGCUACUGGGCGUGGACUUCGGAUGCGGGGCCCGCGUGCGGCCCAUGCCUCUGCCUGCUGCUGGGCAGCACCCUGGGCGCCCUGAGGCUGCGGCAGACCUAGGCCUCCAGCCUGCGCCCUCCCCGCAGGCCGCUGCCCAUGUUCCCUCCCCAGAGGGGCUGCCUGGCCGAUUCCUGCCAUCUGAGCAACAGCUGCAGCCUCUCCCCUGUGACCUAGGCACCUCCUGUUCACCAUCCUUCCCAAGCUCCUCACCAGCCCCCCCACGCCCGCCGUACGGGGGGGACCAGAGCAGAUCACGUAGGUUAGGGUCCUCCCCAGCUGCCCACCCUCGCUCUCCAGAGCCACCCAAAGACAGGUGCCAAAAACAGGCUGUUGAGGCCAUUCCGUCUCCCCUGAACCCACCCUGGACACCUGAAGGGUGUGGACAGUGCUGACCACCAGGCACAGAAGCUGCCAGAAUGGACCAAAGGAGUUGAGGACUUGGGGGGAAGGUGAGGUCUCACUCCCAGGGUGAGGCUGGAGAACGUCAGGUACUGAGGCCCAGUCCAGAAGCGGAGGCUGUGGGUUUCUGAGCCCAGGCAAUGCCCACCAUGGUUCUGUGGAUGGUCCCCAGGAGAGCACCCUGCCCUUGGGCCCACGGCUGUGUCCCCUCUGUGACCCACUGCCAGGGGCUUCCUUGCACCCACUUUGCUCUGACUUGAAACAAGUCAUUUAACUCUUCUUGGGACCUAUUUUGAAACAUUGUUUAAACUUUACAUUUCCUCUGAACUCAGGUUCACACUCCGUAACCAGAGCCCUCACCUGUACACAGGUGGCAAUCGUCACUGCCAUUCCCGAGCCCUCCCUGACUCAACACGCACCCCCCUCAGGAGGUGGGGGUGUGGAGCAGAUGGAGGCGGCUGGGAGCUGAAGUCAGACCCAGGACCUACAGGGCUAUAGGCAGGGCCCUGGAGGACGCUGGGGUGGCCUCUGGCACCCAACCUCCCUAAGCAGGAGGCCGGCCCAUUUCCCUCAAGCCCCCGGCCUAUCUGUGAGCUCAGCUCCAGGGGGCCUGGGCUCUUCCCUGUCCUCCAGCUCCAACAACCCCUUAUCCCAAGGCAGGACAGCUUCCAGGCCUGGCUUCUCUGGACCUCACCCCCUUGGUGCUCGGCGGGACCCUCCCAGAGCCUGUGGGACUGUCUCCCGGAAUGUGCCCCUGCCCCCUGGACCACGGGGACUCAGCUGCCAACAGCAUCACCAGGCCAGCCUCUCCUGGGAACCCUGCCACCUCUGCUUCCCCGUGGGGCUCUGGUGAGGGGUCUCCAGGCUGUCGGCAGAACCCUGGACCAAGCAUUUUUCUCCAAAGACCGCCAGCACACUGAGUGAGCUGCACAACGGAGCUCCCGGCAGCCUCCAUGUCCACACUGCCAGCAUCCUCGGGGCGCCGUGAGUCCACCUCCGUCCAUUCCAGACCAGUAAGCCAUGGCCCAGCCCUGCCCGGGGCCUCAGCAGCGGUGUGACCGUCCUGCUGCUUUAUACGCAGCUGGCAGGGGACUCGGACAGUCUGGCACAGGGAGACCCUCAGGGCAACGCCCCAGGCAAGCUGCUCUCCCUGAGGCUGGGGAGCGUGGGCUCACCGGGGCGACAGGCUGCGGCCAGCCAGAUCCUCACAGGCCGUGCGACACCGAGCCGUCAGCCACGGUGGAUGCGAUGGGACAUCGCUCAGAGCUCAUGGCACUCCAUCUUGGGGAGCGCCUGGCAUGGGGUACAGCCUGAGUCUGAAUCCUUCCCACCCAUGUGCUUAGGGUUCCGGCCGGAGGCAGGUGCUCUGGGUGGGUCCUCAGGAGAGGGCAGUGUGUGGGGCUGUGGGAAGCCACGCAGGUAGCAGGACCUAGAGGGGCGCCUACAGGAAGGAGAGGUCCCGGCGGAGACUGGGGCAGCUGCAGGAAGGCCAAGCCACCCCAACCCCAAACAGCAGAGCUACUGCCAGGGGAAGCUGCCGCCUCCGUCCUUUUCCAGACGCAGGCUGCAGGGCGAGCUGCCCCAGACCCUCAGGUGCCACCACAGCAGUGCCGAGAGGUGCCUCUGGGAACAGUCCCGCUGUCCCAUUGGCAAGAAGGUGCUCAGAAUCUCCACCGACCACACCCAAGACCUUCCCGGCAGGCAUGCAGCUGGCCUGUGAGCAGGGUGGCCUCUAUGACGAGGGGACAGGCCAGUCCUGGGUUCUGCCACGGGUAUUGUAACCUCCUGUUCAUGUCUGUGUGCACGUUAAACAGCGUCGUGAAAUAAACACUCCACUGACCACA